GGCGGAGCCAGUGAACAGUGAGGUCAGAGUGUCUGUGAGGUUGGCCUCUGCGGAGAGAGCCCUAAUGUCCCAGGGCAGAGAACUGCGUGCAAGUCAUUCAGGAGCCCCUGCGCAUCCUCCCUGAGCCAUGGACACCUGCGAGGAGCCACCCAUCGUGUCCCUGGUGCCCACAUAUUCCAAGGACCCUCAGGUGAAGAUGUCAGCCCAGGAGAGUUGCCUCAGCCUCGUCAAGUACUUCCUCUUCGUUUUCAACCUCUUCUUCUUUGUACUAGGCGGCCUGAUUUUCUGCUUUGGCACCUGGAUUCUCAUUGACAAGACCAGCUUCGUGUCCUUUGUGGGCUUGUCCUUCGUGCCACUGCAGACCUGGUCCAAGGUCCUGGCUGUGUCGGGUGUCCUCACCAUGGCCCUGGCCCUCCUGGGUUGUGUGGGGGCUCUGAAGGAGCUCCGUUGUCUUCUGGGCCUGUAUUUUGGGAUGCUGCUGCUCCUGUUUGCCACACAGAUCACCCUGGGGAUCCUCAUCUCCACUCAGCGGAUCCGGCUGGAGCGAAGGGUUCAAGAGUUGGUGUUGCAGACGAUCCACAGCUACCGCGCGAACCCGGAUGAGACCGCGGCUGAAGAGAGCUGGGACUACGCACAGUUCCAGCUGCGCUGCUGCGGCUGGCACUCUCCGCGGGACUGGAUCAGCGCGCGCACGCUGAGAGGGAACCAUUCGGAGGAGCUCUUGGUGCCCUGCUCCUGCUACAACUCCACGGCCACCAAUGACUCGUCCGGCUUUGACAAGCUCUUCUUCUCCCAGCUUAGCCGGCUGGGGCCGCGAGCCAGACUGAGACAGACAGCGGACCUCUGCGCUCUCCCAGCAAGAGCCCACAUCUACCGCGAGGGCUGCGCGCAGAGCCUCCGGAAGUGGCUGCACAAUAAUCUCAUCUCCAUUGUGGGAAUCUGUCUGGGAGUCGGUCUUGUUGAGCUCGGCUUUAUGACGCUCUCCAUAUUCCUGUGUAGAAAUCUGGACCACGUCUACAACAGGCUGGCCCGGUACCGCUAGCCCCCAGCCCCAACAGCACCCACGCACCUCCAUGCAGCCAGGAAGUGUUUGUUUCCUGGCUGGUCUAGACUGAGCCUGGUGACUCAGGACUCCAUGUCUGCGGACCCUGGUGUCUGCCCUUACAGACAGCUUUUACUUCCGCCAAGGGACCAGGGCCUGUGUCCCGAGAUCCCUCCCCCAUCCCUUUCUCCCCACUCCAUCUGUCUGCCACCUCCCACAUGACACCUCAAAUAAAUCCCCUUCGUUUUGGUAAAAA